UUUUUACAGACAUACCAAUCUCCAAUAAAACAUUGCGCUACAACUCUAUGAAAUCGAAAAACACCUUUUAGCAUCGGUGCUGAGUCUGGUGUUCCCACCUAGGCCAUGAAGAAGAUCUAGUUUCCACCAACAAAUAGAUCUAUUUAGUUUCGUCAAAGCAGUAGCCUGGCCUGCGACACACAACCAUGCCGACGUCCUUUCAGCGCAUGCAGGAGCAGACUCAGAAGCUAAUCAAAAGCUUGGUUGACAUGUCAGGUCUAGACGAAAAUCUUGUGAGCAAUCUAAUUGUGUACGCCAAGCAGCUUCCCAAGUCAGAUGCACCGAACGAAAUUGAUGAGUUGGUUUUCGUCUCACAGAUGUUGAAACAAUUCAACUUCACCUCGCCGUCCAUGGUGUCACUGAUGUUUGGGGCCAUCAGAAGCUCAAAAAGUUCCUUCGCCACCAUCGAAGAAUUUUGUAAACUUCUCAUUGUGUUUAUGUGCAGCAAUCUGGACCUGAAAAUCCAGUUUGUCUUUAAAGUCUACGACCUGAAUGGUGAUGGGGAGUUGUCCUUUUCAGAGCUCUAUCAUUUCCUGAGGCCCUGCGUGAUUAUGAAUGACUCCGAGGACGUCGAUACGGAAGAGGCUGUGAGAGAACUGGUUGAAAUUGUUCUCAAAGUCACUGACAUAGAUGAGAAUGGUGCUAUUGAUUUGAACGAGUUCAGAAGGCUGGUGAAAUCUAACGUCCUGUAUCUGCAGCUACUGGGGCCUUGUCUGCCAACCGAAAGUUAUCUGCAACAUUUCCAGCAUGUAUUGUCAACUCACAACGAGUCAGAAAUUCGCCAAAUAUUCGGCCACGAGCGUCAGUUCGCCAUGGAGAAAGACACAAAACUAAAGUACUAUCCCAUCAGGCUGGAGCUACCUUAACGUGCAGGGAUGGAAUCACGCCUCUGUACAGCUUUAUGAAGUAUUCUCCAUCAAUCUUCUGUAAAAAAAAAAAAAAGUCCAUCAAUGUAGCAAUGAUUCAAACCUAAAUCUGUAGCUACCAAGUCUAAGUGUAGUUCAUCUCAUAUUAACAUCAUUAGAAAAGAAGAGCCUGUCUCGUGUUUGCGACUGUUGUGAAGUAAAAGAUUUGAAAAUAAAACAAAGCAAAAAAAAAAAA